AUGUCUCCUCUCGAAUGGCUAUUUGGAAUUAAAAAAUUCGAUCUGAUCGCUCCGAUUUAUGACUUUGCCUUGUCAUUUAUUGAAAAGAAUACACUUUCACAAUUGAGACAACGCUUUGUGCCCAUGGUGGAUGGAGAAGUGUUGGAUUUGGCCGUAGGAACUGGUCACAAUUUAGCCUAUUACCCUCUUCACAAAGUUUCCAAAGUCACCAUGAUUGAUCUGUCAAAAGGCAUGUUGAGUAAGGCCCGAGAGAAAAUUGAAAAUGAUGAAAAUUUAAAAUCUCAAAGCGAAAAAUUUCAUCUUGUGCAAGGCCCAUGUGAAGAGUUACCUUUCAGAGAUGAACAGUUUGAUGUUAUUCUAAGUAUUGAUGUGAUGUGUAGUGUGGAUGAUCAAAAGAAAACUCUCGAUGAGGCAUAUCGAGUACUAAAGAGAGGAGGUAAAGCAAUUUUCGUAGAGCAUUUCAAAACGGGUUAUUUCUGGAAAGACUUGUUUUUGAGUGUAGUGACAUUGAUUACAAUGCCUCUGGUUGGAGCUUCCAUGAUUCGUGAAACGGACAAAUCCAUUGAGAAUUCUCAAUUUGUUGUGGAGGAAAGAGGAAAAGUGAAGAAUACAGGAUUUGAAUAUUUCAUUUGUAAAAAGAAAUGA